GGCCGAUUGAGCAAGCUCCGGGCCACGUGACGAGACUGGGCGGGGCAUCAAGGUUCAUAUCCCAGAGUCCCUUUGUACCUACUUCCUUUCUGUCCUUUUCCGGCGUUCAAGAUGUCGAAGCGAGGACGUGGUGGGUCCUCCGGUGCGAAAUUCCGGAUUUCGCUGGGUCUUCCGGUAGGUGCCGUGAUCAACUGUGCUGACAACACAGGAGCCAAAAACCUGUAUAUCAUCUCUGUGAAGGGGAUCAAGGGACGAUUGAACAGACUUCCUGCUGCUGGUGUGGGUGACAUGGUGAUGGCCACAGUGAAGAAAGGCAAACCAGAACUCAGAAAGAAGGUACAUCCAGCAGUGGUAAUUCGACAACGAAAGUCAUACCGGAGAAAAGAUGGUGUGUUUCUCUAUUUUGAAGAUAAUGCGGGGGUCAUAGUAAACAACAAAGGUGAAAUGAAAGGUUCUGCUAUCACAGGACCAGUCGCAAAGGAGUGUGCAGACUUGUGGCCCAGGAUUGCAUCCAAUGCUGGCAGCAUUGCAUGAUUCUUUGGUGUAUUUGUUAAUUAAAAAUUAUUUGUUCUCAG